AUGACCGCCUCCUUCAAUCACGACUCUAUCUCAGAGUCAUCCAUCAACAGCCCAAGCUCUCCCGCCAAAGUCGAGAUGGUUCAGACCAAAGCGCUCAAGGAACUGCCCAGCGAUUCGACGCUGCAGCCUCAUGUUGGUGAGCGGGAGGAGGUGUUGCUUUGGAGCAGGGUCAGGGAGACCUGCCAGGAUGCCUUUUCGGAAUUCUUUGGCACCUUUAUCAUGAUUCUGUUUGGCGACGGCGUUGUUGCUCAGGUUGUUCUGAGCAGAGGAACCAAGGGUGACUAUCAGAGCAUCUCUUGGGGUUGGGGAUUGGGCGUCAUGCUUGGAGUAUACGUCGGUGGUAAAUCAGGAGGCCAUCUGAACCCCGCCGUGACUUGGGCGAACUGUCUCUUCAGAGGCCAUCCCUGGCGCAAGCUCCCCAUCUAUGCCAUUGCUCAAACCCUCGGAGCCAUGGCUGCCGCUGCCGUCGUCUACGGCAACUACAAGUCAGCCAUCAACGCGUACGAGGGCGGCCCAGGCAUCCGAACCGUCACAGGCGAGAACGCGACGGCGGGCAUCUUUUGCACGUAUCCCGCUGCCUUCAUGACGCGUACCGGCAUGGUAUUCUCCGAGUUCAUCGCCAGCACGAUCCUGCAGUUUGUCAUCUUUGCAUUGGCAGACAGCACCAACAUUGGUGCUGGGCCGUUGAUGCCUCUUGCCUUGUUCUUCUUGAUCUUUGGUAUCGGUGCUUGCUGGGGUUGGGAGACUGGCUAUGCCAUCAACUUGGCUCGUGACUUUGGACCGCGGUUGGUUUCGUACAUGCUCGGAUACGGAACUGAAGUUUGGUCUGCGGGAGGAUACUAUUUCUGGAUUCCAAUGGUGAUACCGUUCCUUGGUACAUCUUUUGGUGGUUUCCUCUAUGAUACCUUCAUGUACACUGGCCCUAGCCCAAUGAACACUCCCUACAUGGGAUUCAAGCGGCUCGUAACUCCUCGUCGAUCAGUCUGGUCAAACACCUAUGACCGCGCUCUGGAUUCGCAGGUGUAG